AUGUUCCCCUUUUCUGUUUAUUUGUUUGCUUUUGAACCCUCAAAUAUUACGGACCGGAUUUUUCCCACGCGUGGGAUUUUGCUGUCAUCCACCACCAAAUCACUCUCGAUUUUCCCCAACUUUACAUCGUUACACAGGGCUGCUCUUUCCUUUUUUUCCUUUGAUGUGACGAGCAGCGGCAGGCAGAACUAUCCAACCUCCUUUACGUUGACCACUUCUAUGUUAUUUUUUUUUUUAAAAAUCCCUUCGCGUCACAAUUUUCUUCUUCUACCGAAACAAACAAAGGAAGGAAGGAAGGAAAAGCACACCAAAUACUAUUAUUAA